CGACACAGAUCAAUUGCACCAUAAUCAUUCUACUUGCUAAACCGACUUGACAACUUUGUUUGACGGGGAAAAACUCGGCACACAUCUUAAAAACGAAUUUUCUUUAAUCAUUCGCCAUUUCUUUUCUCUGUGAAAGGAGAGGGGAAUCUUUGGUUUUAUUUUGUUGGCAUUUUGCUACGAGAAAAGAGAAAGAAUAAUUUCUACUUCUUUUCAAUCGUAUCCAUUAAUUUUCCCCUCCUCCACCUGUUUGAAUUCUGCAUUACCGUUCCUCGCAAAACCCAAAAGAAAGAACACAAACAAUUCUGCAUUUUGCAAUAACUUUGGUCGUCGAGCGGGUUCUUGGUUGCCGAAUUCCUUAAGAUGCUCACGUGCUUUUUGACAAUAUGUGCAUGUCAAGUUUAUACCCUUCGCCCUCAUCUUGUUUCUCGUGUUCUAGGGUGUUACUACACUUCUGAUGCGAAGGGAAGCUGCUGAAGGCGAUCUUAAUUCCGGGUAAUGAGAGUUGCAACAUUUUCCCUCCUAUGAUUGUCAUUGCUUUUCAUGUGCAUCUCUGUUUAAUCUAGAUUGGCAUGAUUGCUUCUAGCAGGAGGAGCUAAAAAAUGGAUGUUCUGAGACCAGAUCAAAAUUUGUUUUCCCCUCUCUCUAGUGCUUCAAAAUUCUUUUGAAGGGUCAACAUGUCUUCACGAGCCUACAGCUCUGAUGGUCAAGCUCCUGUUGAACCAGGUCCACGGAAAAGGUUGGAGAAACUGCUGAGUCAAUCAUGCAACAAGCACUGUGCAGAUUGUGGAUCUACAGAUCCAAAAUGGGUAUCUAUAAGUCAUGGAGUGUUUAUUUGUAUAAAGUGUUCUGGUGUCCAUCGAAGCCUUGGAGUACAUAUAUCAAAGGUUUUAUCAGUCAAGCUAGAUGAAUGGACAGAUGAUCAGGUCACUGCUUUCAUGGAGAUGGGCGGGAAUAUAGUUGUAAACAAGAAAUUGGAAGCUUGUAUGACAGAAGAUUAUAAAAAACCAAAAUCAGAUGCGCCUAUAGAGGAGAGAGCGGAAUUCAUUAGGAGAAAAUAUGAGAUGCUAGAGUUUACAGACUUCAAUGAAAAUAUGACAUGCCCCUAUAAUCCCAAUAUAAACUCACAUGGCCAUGGAUCUUCUCAAGACAAGACACAUUAUGAGAAACAAACAACCAGACAUCGAAUCGGGAGUGCAUUGAGAAAUAGUUGGGGAAGAAAAGAUGCAGAGCAGAAGCAAAGCAAGAAAAACAUUUGUUUGGCAGGAAUGGUCGAAUUUAUUGGCUUGAUUAAGGUGAAUGUAGUAAAAGGAACCAAUCUUGCAAUCCGGGAUAUGGUGACAAGUGACCCUUACGUCAUCCUUGCAUUAGGUCAUCAAUCAGUGAGAACUCGAGUCAUAAAGAACAACCUCAAUCCUGUGUGGAAUGAAAGCCUUAUGUUGUCAAUCCCAGAUCACGUCCCUCUCCUUAAAGUGCUUGUUUACGAUAAGGACACCUUCUCCACAGAUGAUUUUAUGGGGGAAGCAGAAAUUGAUAUUCAACCUCUUGUUUCUGCUGCAAGGGCGUACGAGACAUCAUCGAUAAACGAGUCGACACAACUAGGAAAAUGGGUGGCAAGCAGAGACAACACACUGGUCAAAGAUGGUGUCAUCUCCUUAAUAGAUGGUAAAGUUAAGCAAGAAAUCAGUUUGAGGCUGCAAAAUGUUGAGAGGGGAGUGCUUGAGAUUGAGCUUGAAUGUGUCCCUCUGACUCAAUAAUAACAUUACUAUUAUUAUUAUCAGUAUGAACCCAUUAUUUGAGAGAGGAAUAUCAAAUACACCCCAAGGGGGAAAUAAAGAGGUUAUCUAUCUUAUCAUUCAAGAUAGAGGGAUUGGUUUGAUUCAUGAUAGAGGGGUUGAAAAGAUCCAAGCUUCCGACAUUCUCUAACUCUCUUGCGAAGGAGUUUGGUUUUAUUCAUGAUAAAGGGAUUGAAAAGAUCCAAGCUUUUGUGUGAAUCUUUUGUAAAUUUCAUCUUUUUUCCUUCAAUGUUUCGUUUUUCCGUCCAACGAUUAUGCUUUCGAAAGGAAGAAAAUCUCAAAGUUACGAAGAAAAUUAUGAUACCUAGAACAUUACUUUUCUUGGCUGCUGAAUUGUAAAGAUAUGUGAAUAUGUACUUAUGUUGUCUAAAUUAACCAGAAACUUUGUUUUGAACCAUCGUCUAUAUUAAAGAGCUUUAACGACAAGUUGUUUGUUUAUAUCAUACUAGAUGACUAACCUGCAUUCUAUGGCAGGUAGCAAUAAUACCUAGAUUAAAUAAGAUUUUAUAUUACGG